CUAUUGUCGUACGAGAUGUAAAAACGAUCAGACUUGAAAUUAGUUUAGUAAUUUCCAAUCCAUUGAAGUGGUCAGAUAGAAAAUAGUACACCUUUCAAUAUGAAAACUUUCGUCGCAAUUUUGGGGAUCUGUAUAGUAGGAAUCCUGGCUGAAGUCACAGAUGAAGAAAAAGCUAAAUUAUUUGAGCCUGAUGAAAAAACCUGCAUGAAGCAAACUGGAAUUGAUGAAGGUAUGCUUGAGAAGCUUCUAAAAGAAAAAAACAUGGACCAGAAUAAUAAAAAGCUCUCUUGUUUCGUGGCUUGUAUGUCAAAAACAAUUGGAUGGAUGAAUGCUGACGGUUCAAUCAACGAAAGCAAGCUCAUAGUUCGAGGCGGCGUUGAUAAGCAGAGAGCUGUGAUGAUGAGGAACAAGUGUAAAGUUAUGAAGGGAGCUAACGAUUGCGAGACCGCAUGGAAAGUAAUAAACUGCAUGUAUGAAGAGGAUAAAUUGUUAUAAAAAAGAAUUUCAAUAUUUUAGAAAGACAUAUUUUUCUUGUGUAAUGUAAAUACAAAUUUAAGCUAGAAAUCCGAUUGCUAUAUGCAAAGGGUACCAUUUUUUAAUAGCGAAAAAUGUAAAGAUUUCUUAUAAAUAAAGAAUAUAAUUCACAA